AUGGGAAAAGUUGGCGCCGGCGGCGGCUCCUCAGCCGGGCUGGGCGCGCUCCUCGCCGGCGCGGGGCUCUUGGUCCUCUGCGCCCCGGGCGCCUGCAACGGCGGCUCCUGCUGUCCCCAGCCGCACCCCGGCUCGUAUCCGCACUGGACCUCGACCCCAGGGGGCUCCCCUAACCAGGGGCCACGAGGCAGGGCGCCUGCCACGCCCCUACCCUUCCUUGGGCGCCCCCUGUUCACGGUGGCCCCCGGGAACAGAGCGCUUGCCCUGGAGCGAGCCCGGGGCACCGGCUUGUCCAUGGCGGGUGCUACGCGCUCGGUCCGGAGGAGACGGAGCGGAGAGGACCCGGAAAAGGCUGAAGGCGAAGGCGUGAACGGGAGUCCCCGAGGAGUGCUAAGGGACGGGGGGCAGCAGGAGCCUGGGACUCAGGAGCGAGAUCCGGACAAAGCCACCCGCUUCCGGAUGGAGGAGCUGAGACUGACCAGCACCACGUUUGCUCUGACGGGCGACUCAGCACACAACCAAGCUAUGGUCCACUGGUCUGGCCACAACAGCAGCGUGAUUCUCAUUCUGACAAAGCUCUACGACUAUAACCUGGGGAGCAUCACUGAGAGCUCGCUUUGGAGGUCAACCGAUUAUGGGACAACCUAUGAGAAGCUGAAUGAUAAAGUUGGGUUGAAGACAAUUCUGAGCUAUCUGUAUGUGUGUCCUACCAACAAGCGAAAGAUUAUGUUACUCACAGAUCCGGAGAUUGAGAGCAGCUUAUUGAUCAGCUCAGAUGAAGGAGCAACCUAUCAAAAGUACCGGCUGAACUUCUACAUCCAGAGCUUGCUUUUCCACCCCAAACAAGAGGACUGGAUUCUGGCCUACAGUCAAGACCAGAAGUUGUACAGCUCUGCUGAAUUUGGGAGGAGGUGGCAGCUUAUCCAGGAAGGGGUCGUACCAAACAGGUUUUACUGGUCUGUGAUGGGGUCGCACAAGGAACCAGACCUUGUACACCUUGAGGCCAGAACCGUGGAUGGCCAUUCCCAGUACCUAACUUGCCGAAUGCAGAACUGCACAGAGGCCAACAGAAAUAAACCUUUCUCGGGCUACAUUGACCCAGACUCUUUGAUUGUCCAGGAUGAUUACGUGUUUGUUCAGCUGACAUCAGGAGGACGGCCACAUUACUACGUGUCCUACAGAAGGAAUGCGUUUGCCCAGAUGAAGCUGCCCAAAUACGCUUUGCCCAAGGACAUGCAUGUCAUCAGCACAGAUGAGAAUCAAGUGUUUGCAGCUGUCCAAGAAUGGAACCAGAAUGACACAUACAACCUCUAUAUCUCAGAUACCCGUGGCGUCUACUUCACCCUGGCUUUGGAAAAUGUCCAAAGCAGCAGAGGCCCUGAGGGCAAUGUCAUGAUAGACCUUUAUGAGGUAGCAGGCAUAAAGGGAAUGUUCUUGGCUAACAAGAAGAUUGACAACCAAGUGAAGACUUUCAUCACAUAUAACAAAGGCAGAGACUGGCGUUUGCUGCAGGCGCCAGACACAGACCUAAGGGGGGACCCCGUGCACUGCUUUCUGCCCUACUGCUCGCUACACCUUCACCUGAAAGUCUCUGAGAAUCCAUACACAUCAGGGAUCAUUGCCAGUCGAGACACAGCUCCAAGCAUCAUAGUGGCUUCAGGUAACAUAGGCUCUGAAUUGUCAGACAGCGACAUCAGCAUGUUCGUCUCUUCAGAUGCAGGAAAUACUUGGAGGCAGAUAUUUGAAGAAGAGCACAGCGUUUUGUACCUAGAUCAAGGUGGAGUCCUGGUUGCGAUGAAACACACAUCUCUCCCUAUUCGACAUCUCUGGUUGAGUUUUGAUGAAGGGAGAUCUUGGAGCAAAUACAGUUUCACAUCUAUUCCACUUUUUGUGGAUGGGGUUCUGGGUGAGCCUGGGGAAGAGACUCUAAUCAUGACAGUGUUUGGACACUUCAGCCAUCGCUCUGAAUGGCAGCUGGUCAAAGUGGACUACAAGUCCAUUUUCGAUAGACGGUGUGCCGAGGAGGACUACAGAUCCUGGCAGCUGCACAGCCAGGGGGAGGCAUGCAUCAUGGGAGCAAAAAGGGUAUACAAGAAGCGGAAAUCAGAGCGGAAAUGUAUGCAAGGAAAAUACGCAGGCGCUAUGGAAUCUGAACCCUGCGUCUGCACAGAGGCCGAUUUUGACUGCGACUAUGGUUAUGAGCGACACAGCAAUGGUCAGUGCCUGCCAGCAUUUUGGUUCAAUCCGUCUUCCCUGUCAAAGGAUUGCAGCUUGGGGCAGAGUUACCUCAAUAGUACCGGGUAUAGGAAGGUGGUUUCCAAUAACUGCACUGAUGGAGUAAGAGAACAGUACACUGCCAAACCCCAAAAGUGUCCAGGGAAGGCCCCACGGGGGCUCCGGAUUGUCACCGCUGAUGGAAAGCUGACCGCUGAACAAGGGCACAAUGUUACUCUCGUGGUGCAACUGGAGGAGGGUGACGUGCAGAGGACGCUUAUCCAAGUGGACUUUGGUGAUGGCAUCGCAGUGUCUUAUGUCAACCUCAGCUCCAUGGAAGAUGGGAUCAAACACGUCUACCAGAAUGUGGGCAUUUUCCGAGUGACCGUGCAGGUGGACAACAGUCUGGGGUCUGACAGCGCCGUCCUGUACUUACAUGUAACUUGUCCUCUGGAACAUGUGCACCUGUCUCUUCCGUUUGUCACCACAAAGAACAAAGAAGUCAACGCAACCGCGGUGCUGUGGCCCAGCCAAGUGGGUACCCUCACAUACGUGUGGUGGAAAGGAAACAAUACGGAGCCUUUGAUCACCUUGGAGGGAAGCAUAUCGAUUAAGUUUCUUUCUGAAGGGAUGAACACCAUCACAGUGCAGGUCUCAGCUGGGAAUGCCAUCCUGCAGGACACGAAGACCAUUGCAGUGUAUGAGGAAUUCCGGUCCCUUCGCCUGUCCUUUUCUCCAAACCUGGAUGACUACAACCCAGACAUCCCUGAGUGGAGGCGGGACAUCAGCCGAGUCAUCAAAAGAUCCCUGGUGGAAGCCACCGGGGUCCCAGCCCAGCACAUCUUGGUCGCGGUGCUUCCUGGUCUUCCCACUGCUGCUGAACUCUUUGUCUUACCCUAUCAGGACCCGACAGGAGAAAGCAGAAGGUCAGCCGAAGACCUGGAGCAGAUAUCAGAACUACUGGUCCACAAACUCAACCAAAACUCGGUGCACUUUGAGCUGAAGCCCGGGGUCCAAGUCCUUGUCCACGCAGCUCACUUAACAGCAGCCCCGCUGGUGGACCUCACUCCAACCCACAGUGGAUCAGCCAUGCUGAUGCUGCUCUCAGUGGUGUUUGUGGGGCUGGCAGUGUUCGUCAUCUACAAGUUCAAAAGGAAGAUCCCGGGCAUUAAUGUUUAUGCCCAGAUGCAGAAUGAGAAAGAACAAGAGAUGAUCAGUCCAUUCAGUCACACUGAAAGCAGGCCCAAUACCCCUCAGACUCAACUAAGGAGGCCUGGCCAGCUCUUAGAUGAGAAGGUGGAGUCCCAGCACAUAGAAGUUCCAAAUAGCAACUUUGAGAGCAUUGGGGUGCUUGGCAUCUGUUCUGUGUUUUCCAGGAUUCCAACUGAGCAUUAA